CUGAAAUGGUGCGUAGGAAUACGACGCCGUUGAGUGACUACAAUUUUUAUUAGAAUUAUUUUAAUCUUUAAUAAUAUCAGGCUCUACGCUCCCAUUUUUCUCGCUUCCUGGUUGCUGCUCUCUUUCGAUAAUCAGUGCUAUAUUCUCUGCUUUGAUUAACACUUGGUUGAAAAAUGGGGAAAAGGAAGUCAAGGGCAAAGCCUCCACCUAAGAAGCGAAUGGACAAGCUUGACACUGUUUUUAGUUGUCCUUUCUGUAAUCAUGGGACAAGUGUUGAAUGUCGCCUUGAUAUGAAGAACUUGAUAGGUGAGGCUAUAUGUGGGAUUUGCCAAGAGAGCUUUAGCACUACCAUCACAGCUUUAACUGAACCCAUAGACAUAUAUAGUGAAUGGAUUGAUGAAUGUGAAAGGGUCAACAACCUUGAAGAUGAUGGUGCUUACAGAGCAGAGUAGGUUGUUGUCUCCUCUGCUUCUUUGUGGAAGAGAAAGCUUUAUGAAGUCAUUUCAUAUCCAAUCACAAUGACCUUAUUUUAGUUCUAAAAUCAGAUAUGUAAGCGUUGCAUGCAUAGUAACUAUUGGUCCAUGCUACACUUGAUUCUUGUAACAUAUGUUCGGUUUUAAGGAUGAUAAACUUGUUGAAAACUGUCUUUGGGAAUAAAACUCGAUCAAGUGAUGCUUCUCUUCUGAGAAA